AUGACUCAGGCAAAGAGCCAUGUUAUCUACGCGCCUUCAAAAGAAGCUCCAUGCGGCGUCAAGUCCGUAUUUCUCGCCGGCACCACCAACAAAGUCGACAGCCACGACUGGCGCGAGGUUCUAUCCACCGCCCUCUCCGACGUUCCAGUCACAAUCUACAAUCCAUACCGCGCUGAUUGGGAUAGCUCGUGGCGCGAGGACAUCGAGUUUGCUCCUUACCGUGAACAAGUGGAGUGGGAGCUCAAAAAGCAGGAUAAGGCGGACAUCGUUGUUAUUUACUUCCACCCGGCUACGCAGGCGCCAGUCAGCUUGCUUGAGUUUGGGCUUUGUGCGCGGGUUCCAGGAAAGGCUAUUGUUGUUUGUCCCGAGGGUUAUUGGAAGAGGGGGAAUGUGCAAAUCGUGUGCGACAUAUAUGGAGUUGAGAUGGUGGACAGUACUGAUGGUCUGAGAGAGGCGGUUGUGAGGAGGUUGCCAGUUAGUCUGUAA